UUAGCACCUCAAUGACAAUGUACAAGAGUAGCUCAGUUGCUCUUCAUUAUAAACAUAACUGAUACCACUAUUAAGUUGUAUUUUAAAGAUUUUUCAUCAUAAACUUCAAAACACUAACCGCUCCCAAGAAUCAAGAAAAGCUUUGCACACAACUCAAACCAAAUCAUUCAAGAAAACUCAUCUCUUCAUUCAAGAUUCAUUCUUUAUUUCUUCAAGCUUUCAAGAAAAUGGAAUACACCCACUUAUUCCAAGAUAACGAGACCGUUGAGAUUAACGAAGGAGGCCACUUCGGAACGUUCUACAAAGCCGAGAUCGUAGGAAGAAUUGGAGCAGAACAAGACUACAUGUACAGGGUUAACUGUCUUUGUCGCAAAGAUGCGAACGGGAUGGCACUGGUCCAUAACGUUCACAUAUCGCGUAUAAGGCCAAUGCCGGGGAAGUUAGAUGAGACUACUAAGGCAUGGGAGGUGGAUGAUAUCGUUGAUGCUUUUGAUAGUAGCAAUGGCGCUUGGCGUGCAGGCAUUCUUACAAAGAUUGACCGGGUUCCAGUUACUCGUUUCACUGUGAAAUUGUCUGAUCAGACUGAAAUGUCGACUCAAUCUCUUCGGUAUCAUUCUGAUUGGAUUCCUCGUCCUUGUUACGUGUUCUAUAGGCAAAAGGUUGAAGUUAUAGCCAAUGGUAAUGGUUAUCAUCAUGAUGAUCCUCAAGACAUUGAACCUCCAGAGAUUGAUCCUCAAGAAAUUGAUCCUCUGGAAGAAAUUGAUCCUCAAGAAAUGGAACCGCAAGAAGUUGAUCCUCUAGCAAUUCUACUUCAAGUAAUUGAUCCUCCAGGAAACGGUCAUCAUCAUAAUGAUAAUCAAGAGAAUGAACCUCCAGGAAUCGGUCAUCAAAACGGUCAUCAAAAUGGCCACUGAAUUCUGCUACUAAACAAGUUGGUUUUUGAAGUCAUACAUUAGUCUGGUUUUUCUGCAACAUUACUCUGGAAUUAGUUCUGCAACAUUCUUCUGGUUUUUCUGCAACUUUAAUCUGGUUUUCCUGCAGUUGAUUGUUCGAUUUGAGCUUCGAGAUAAUGGUCAAUGAUCCGCUGUUAAAAUUAGCUGAACUUGGCAGAUAUUUGCGGACUAUAUGCCAUUUUUACAAUUGUUUAUGAGACUAUAUGAGAGUAGGUUCUGCUUGUACGUAGAAUAAGUUUGAUACUUUGCAUUAUUGCACAAGAUCACAUACAUGUCUAUUUUAGUUUUAUGACCUUUUUGGCAAUUAAUUUGCAGCCACCUGAUUAA